UUCGAUCAUCGAUUAUUUCAAGAUCGAUCAAUCCAGAUCUUUAUCGAUCUCCAUGCAUGAAUUUUUGUUCUCUUUCUUUUGUCUCUGUCUUUCUCCCUGUCUACAAUCGUUUCUAUUGCGAUCUAUUCAGAUAAAAAUCUUCGAUUAAUUGACUCGAAUCGGUUCAUCAUUGAUUCAAAUUUCUAAUUCUGUGGCUCAUUUAUACUUUAAUUAACUUUCUAUCGACAAAUUAUUCUUUGACAUUUAAAUUCAAUUAAUUAUUUUGAUUGUGUUGUUCACUCUAACAUCUUUAAGCAUUAUGCGAAUCUUUUAAUUUCAAAAUAAACUAUUAUAAUCUUCUAAUUGGACCUAUUCAACCUUUUUAUCUUCUGUUUAUCAUCAAUUUUUCUCUUUCCUGAUUUGCAAACCAAUUUGUCACUCGUUUGGUUAACAUAGAAUUUGAUUUCCUCUUCUAAUCUUCAAGUGACAAUUAGACAGAGAGAAUUACAGAAAAUGGCUGCAUUCGAAGAAAUGGGCAUUUUUCCCGAGAUUGGCAAAGCUGUGGAAGAAAUGGAGUGGAGUUUACCGACCGACAUUCAAGCUGAAGCGAUUCCUUUGAUUUUAGGCGGAGGUGAUGUUCUUAUGGCAGCCGAAACGGGAUCUGGUAAAACGGGUGCUUUCUGUUUACCAGUUUUACAAAUUGUUUGGGAGACAUUAAAUGAUAAAGACAGAGGUAAAUCGUCUAAUCAAACUAUAGAUAAAUGGUUGUUGGCAUUUAAAGAUCGGUCUGAAAAUCUUGUCGUUAGUAACGACGGACUCAGUUGUCAAAGUAAAGAUGCUAAGCAAUGGCAAGGAGUUCGAUCAAAUCGCGGUGUUGUCAGAGAUGCAAAAUCUAAAAACAACAAAUUCUAUUAUGAAGUCUAUUUCAAAGAACCGGGAUUAGCUCGUGUUGGUUGGGCUCUUAGUAAUGCGUCUCUUGAUUUAGGAACAGAUAAGCUCGGUUUCGGCUUCGGUGGAACUGCUAAAAAAAGUAACUCACGGAAUUUUGAAAGCUAUGGAAAAACUUUUGGUGAUCGAGGUGAUGUCAUAGGGAAUAUAAUAGAUUUUGCCGGCGAAACAAUCGCUUGGACCAAAAACGGCGAAUACCUCGGUGAAGCUUUUCAAAUUCCCAAAAACCUUGUCAAUCAGGCAUUUUAUCCUUGUGUAUGUACAAAAAAUGCAAUGGUCACUGUACGAUUUGAAAAAGCAGCUGAUGGCAAAACUGAUGCACCUCCUGGGACUACAUGGGUCUCCAAAGCACCCAAAUCUCAAUUCGUAAACAAUACCAAUAUCAGUUCAUCAAACGAUGAUAAGUCCAAAGGAUCAGGCCCAAGGGCAGUAAUUAUUGAACCAAGUAGAGAAUUGGCUGAACAAACGUUUAAAUGUUUAGAAUCGUUCAAAAAAUAUCUUCCAGGAGACUUGAGACUAUUGUUAAUUAUCGGUGGAGGUAAUGCCAAAGAACAGAUUGAUCAGAUUCGUCAGGGAGUUGACAUUGUUGUCGCUACUCCCGGAAGGUUAGAAGAUUUAGUUUUCAAUAAUGCUCUGAGUCUAAAACAAUGCAGAUUUUUCAUCCUUGAUGAAGUCGAUGGUCUCCUACAACAAGGUCAUACCGACAUAAUUAAUCGUCUUCAUGCGCAAAUUCCCAGAAUGUUUGAUGAUGGUAAAAGACUUCAGAUGAUUGUUUGUUCAGCAACUUUACAUAAUUUCGAUGUAAAGAAACUCGCAGAGAAAUUGAUGUUCUUUCCAACUUGGGUCGAUUUAAAGGGCGAAGAUUCUGUACCAGAGACUGUUCAUCAUGUCGUUUUCCAAAUCGAUCCCAGAAAAGACGAUCUUUGGAAACGAUUGAAAAAAACAAUCACCACUGACGCUGUUCAUGCCAAAGACAAGAUUAAUCCCAAUCAGCCAAAUGCUGAUACUUUAAGUGAAGCGAUCAAAAUACUCAAAGGUGAAUACACUGUUAAAGCGAUUGAUGCUCUCAAAAUAGACCAAGCAAUUAUAUUCUGUCGAACUAAACUUGAUUGUGAUAAUUUGGAAAACCACCUAAAUGAUUUAGGAGGAGGUUCUCGUCAGAAUAAAAAAUAUUCAUGUGUGUGUCUACACGGUGAUCGAAAACCUCAGGAGCGUAAGGCCAAUUUAGAAAAGUUCAAAAAAGCCGAAGUGAAAUUUUUAAUAUGUACAGAUGUAGCCGCUCGUGGUAUCGAUAUAAGAGGUAUUCCAUUCGUGAUUCAAGUAACUCUCCCUGACGAAAAAGCUAAUUAUGUCCAUAGAAUAGGUCGAGUUGGCCGAGCUGAGAGAAUGGGUCUUGCUGUAAGCCUUGUUGCUUCUGUACCUGAAAAAGUUUGGUUCCAUUCUAAUUGUGCUAGUAGAGGAAAAAAUUGUUUUAAUACAAAUUUAACGCAAGACGGCGGUUGUUGUAUCUGGUAUAAUGAAUUACAGCUUUUAGGUGAAAUCGAAGAGAGUUUGGGCUGUACAAUUUCAACAAUUGGACCUGAAUUUAAACUGGAAGUUAACGAAUUCGAUGGAAAAGUUGUCUAUGGUGAAAAACGAUCCACCGGCGGAGGAAUAAAUUACAAAACUCACGUUGAUCAAUUAGCUUCAGUUGUCAAGGAGCUUUCCAGUCUUGAAGGAUUAGCUCAAAGUCAAUUUCUAAAAAUUAAUCUACUGAAAGUCUAAGACAAUUAUCUGUAUUAAAACUAACGGUUAUCACGUUUUUUUAGUGCAGAAUUUAAAUUAAAUAAUAAAAGUGACCUUAUCGAAUGA